UUACAGGCACGUGCAAGUAAGGUAGAGUGAACGUUUGUUUUAACUGGCCUGUGUUGACAGUGUACGCGUUUUAAUAUAUAAAAUAUAUCCAGAACACUAGCGUGCUAAUAUUACAACAAUAUUCUCACAACACUAUAUGUUCGUUGCCUCACGUGCUUGAUAGCUGAUUUAAUAUAGAAAUCGCCACCAUUGUGGUGUACCUUUGAAACAAUGCACUUAAAUCUAAUUUGCCCAUUGUUGAAACAAGUCGUAACUCUACCAAAAGCAUGCUUUUGGUAUUCUUUAAUCAAGUACUGUUCUGUCAGUACUGGCAACAGUAAGCCUGUUAAGAGAAGGAAGGAAAGAAAACCAAAACUACCUGUUAACUGGCAUGCUCUCUCCUGGGAGGAGAGACUGGCUGACACUGUGACACCACUAUGGAGACUGAGUUAUGAGGAACAGCUCCAGUGGAAACAAGAACAGCAACACAAGAUCUUACUUGAAAUGACAAAGCAACUGGCUCACGAUUCAUUCCACAAGUUUUCAAAUGACUUAAGAUUCCCUCUUCUGCCCAUAGUACCCUCACCGGCGAGUGAUGGAUACCGCAAUAAAUCAACCUUUUCUGUCAACAAAGGGGUUGAUGGGAAUCCAAAGACGGUUGGAUUUUACAUCGGCACUGGAAAAUUGGGUAACAUUGUCUGUGUCCACGGUGACCACCUCCUGAACAUGCCUCCAAAACACAAAAUGGUUGCAAGGAACUAUGAAGAUUUUAUACGUCUCUCAAGACUGAGUCCAUGCAUUUUGUUUCAUGAUGGUGGUCACUGGAGAGAAAUCACUAUUAGAACAAAUUCCGCUGGGCAUACAAUGGCUAUAGUUUACUUCCAUCCUCAAAGCCUUACAUCUGAGGAGAUUGGCAUUCAUAAAGCUGCUCUGGUGGAAUAUUUUACACAAGGUCCUGGGGCAAUUUGUCAGUUGGAUUCUCUUUACUUCCAGGAGAGCACAAUGACCCAUUGCAGUCAUGAACAAUCCCCCUAUCAGCUUCUGUAUGGACAGCCUCAUAUCUUUGAGGAGGUCCUUGGCUUUACGUUUCGCAUUUCUGCCGAUUCGUUUUUCCAGGUGAACAGGGGAGCAGCUGAAGCUCUUUAUAAGACUGUGGCAGAGCUGAAUCGGGCUUGUGUGGGGGGAACUUUGCUGGAUGUCUGCUGUGGUACAGGAGCAAUUGGCAUUUCAUUAUCCCCACAGAUGGAGAGAGUAAUUGGCAUAGAGCUUAUUGAGCAAGCAGUUGAAGAUGCCAAGUAUAAUGCAGCACUAAACAGAGUUAAUAAAUGUGAAUUUCUCUCAGGCAAAGCAGAGGUCGUUUUACCAAGUUUGAUGCCCACUUUGCAUUCUGAUGGAGGGCUGACAGCUGUUGUGAAUCCGUCCAGAGCUGGCCUACAUUUUCGAGUUGUCAGAGCUUUGAGGAACCAUCCAGCCAUCAGAAGGCUUGUGUACAUAUCAUGCAAACCUGAUGGUGAGGCAAUGAGAAACUUCAGAGACCUCUGCUGUAGCUCAGAUAUUCAGAGGAAGCUCACUGGAGACGCUUUCAUGCCAACCAUUGCUGUUCCUGUGGACCUGUUUCCACACACUCCACACUGUGAACUGGUGCUUGUUUUUGAGCGAUAGCAGAUAGCAACUGAAAGAAUGUGGUUGUUUUGUAACAAAACAUCAAAGAAAUAUCUAUUUUUGUGCCAUUCAAUUGGAAGCAGACUUGUCAGUAUGAUUACCUUUUAUUCAAAUUUCAGAAGUAUGUUAUUUGAGUCUCACUGUAGACAGAACGAUUAGGUAUUACAUUUGUAGAGUAAACCCAUUUUAAUUUACCAGUAGUGGUGUUCAUUUUAUUACCACUAGAAGGUGCAAUUGUGUUACUCCUCCAUCUUAUAUGUCCUGUAUGUGUAAAGAAGAGGGGUUUUACCCAAUUCUCUCAGGAUAUGUGAAGUGUUUUGCAAGUAUUGCAUAAUUUCCUCAUUUAUAAAUGUGAUGUUUAAGUGUGAUAAAGUGGGCAGUGGAAAUAGAAUGACAUCUAUGAAUGGGCCAGAGACUAUCAUGUCCACUACAAGUAUUCAGCGACUAACGCAGACAAACACAAUGCCCGCAGAGGAUUCUUCUUCGCUCAUAUUGGCUGGCUGCUGGUCCGUAAACACCCAGACAUUACUGAGAAAGGAAGCAAGCUGGAGCUGAGUGAUCUUAAAGCAGAUGGCAUUGUAAUGUUUCAGAGAAGGAUGGACAAUAUUUCUGAAGAAUUGUAGCCUCUUGCACCUGGUGGCCUCUUUCUUUUCAUCAUAGUUCGGCAUGUGGUCCACCAUGUCAAACUGCACUUCAGAUAGGGGCCUUGCUUUCUGAACUUGUUGUCUGUACCCAUGGACUGGUUCAGGAGACAUGCUGGAUCUUCCGCGUUUUGCUGCCACUGGCUUUUGCACUCUCACCAGACAUUGGGCCACAUUCAGUUUGAAAUGGAGGAGAUCCAAGACAUCUUUUCUUGGGAUCUUCGCCCUCUCAGCAUCCAUCCUGUACUCAGACCAGCUACUGACUACAGCGAGGUCAAAGGCAUGUGUUAUCAUUCUCAGGGUCAACUUUUUGGAACGAAUUUCUGGAGUUGAUCCAGUAGGUUGACACCCCCCAUUGCUUUAUUGUAGAGCCUUACCACCUCUGGCCGAGUGACAUUCACAUACGUGCUCUGCUUUUUGUCCCAGCGUUGCACCUCAUCCGUAUGGCCUGCACCGACAAAGUUCGAAGCCAUAAGGACUGAUCUAUUUUCGAACCAUUUGACCAGCACCACCCUCCCAUCACGGUUCACAACUUCAUCAUAGUAUCCUCGCUCCUUUCAUGACAUGUCUUUAUCGGACCUGAGUGGUGGCUUUGUAAAAUGGCAGGCUCUUGCUCUCACAGCAGCAUGGUUUUUCUUCUCUGCUAGUACUUCCAACACAUGUAUGUGGUGAUAAUAAAUGGCUUCAUAUACACCGAACAGCCACAACAUUAAAACCACCUGCCUAAUAUCGUGUAGGUUCCCCUCGUGCAGCCAAAACUGCUCUGACCCAUCGAGGCAUGGAAGAUUUUUCUUUGUUGCCAUGUUUUGUUUUAUGAUUGUGCCAUUCUGUUAUAACCUACAGUUGCAUAUGAAUCCCAUAAGAAAAAUAAAUGUGUUUUGCUUGCUCACUCAUGUUUUCUGUAAAAAUGGUAUAUAUUACCAAUUCUCCAAGGGUAUGCAAACUUUUGAGCACAACUGUAUAAAUUAUCAGUGGAUAAGACUCUUCAACUGGAGGCAUGUUAAAAGAUGUGUUGAUGAUGGUGGUAAAUGGCCUAUGACGCAAUUUAAUCUCCUCCUUCUUGGCAAAUCUGACAUUAUGCGACGCCGGGCGAUGGCACUGGACCCCUCAGCCAUCCCUUUCAGUUGCUGGUUGAUGCAGUGUUCCAGCGCCACCGGAUCGAGCACUCACUCUGCGGGAGACACAAGGAGAAUAUAUAGAGGGAGAAAUCAGGCAGGCAAACGAGAAGGGCAGGUGGAGCAAAUUAACAGAAGAUAAGAGAAACGAGGGGGCAGGGAACAAGACAGAAACAAGCGGGGCAGAGAAACACAUGGAGAGACAACAUAACAGACAUUAUUACAGAGAGGAAACAACAGAACAUAAGUGCCAGGAUCCUGCUAAUAAAGAAGAAACAAAAAACUAUACAGAAAGCAGGAUCCUGACAGUUUCAUAAAAUUGCCAAAUCAGAUAGUAGGGCAGCUGGUUAGUCAACAUUUCAAACUGUGUGUUCUGUCCAGUUGUGCCUUUACUGCUAAUAAUAAAGGGAUAGUUCACUCAAAAAUAAAAAAUUAAAAACCCUGUAGAAUGUUAGGCAGAAUUGAGCCUCAGUCACCAUUGUCUUUCAAUGUAUGGAUAAAAGAUGCAGUGAAAGUGAAUGGUGACUGAGGCUAACAUUCUGCCUUACAUCUGCUUUUGUGUUCCAUGUAAAAACACAUGGCAAACAAGUGCACAAGAUGGUAUGGUAAGGUGACUUGGAAUGUUUGUUUUGAACAUGUUUAAUUUCUCUUUCUCUUGGCAUUACAAGAUGUCGGUGGUGGUGAUGUGCUUUUUCAUCCCCACGUUUGUUCCUUGGGUCUUUUGGAAAGAGACUCUUUGGUCAGGUUACUUUAUCCCUGGUCUGUUGAGAUACACACUGACCCUUAAUGCAACCUGGCUGGUCAACAGUGCAGCCCACAUGUGGGGAAUGAGGCCCUAUGACCACAACAUCAACCCCAGAGAGAACAAGUUUGUUGCUCAGUGCCAUUGGUAGGAACCAUUAUUUUCUACCUUAAAAGAGUUGAACUUUUCUGAACUUCAUUGAUACUUUAUAAAUCCUAUGGUUAGCACAAUUGUAACCAAAAGAUGUGGUUGAAGUCUAAACACAAAGGUGGACACAGAGCCCUCAUAAUCCCUAAUAAUUUCAUCUCAGCACAAAACACCACUAAAAUGUGCACAUCCGGAUCAAAAAGUUCAAGUGACCAUGAAAGUAAACCAGGUGUAGGUAAAUCGUCAAAAGCUGUGCAUAUUAUCUCACUAACUCAAAGAUUCAAUAUUUUGCAGUUAUUGUAAUGUAAUACAAAUCACACCUCAAAGCACAUUUCAACUUGUGGUCACUUAAGAAGUUUUAAACCAAACAUAUCAUAAAAUGUAUCAAUAGAGGAGGGCUCUUUUCUUGGCUCUUUUUUGACAAAUGAAUGACCACAUGCAGCAUUCUCAAAAUAUUCCUUCACUUAUUUUUUUUUUAGGAUAGUGAUUUCUCCAAAUUAAAAAAAAGCUUUAUAUAUUUAAAAUACACUAAUUUUUAAAAGUAAACAAAAAUGUACUCUAUUUUCCAGAUAAGUUAUUUAUAUUGUGUUGACCUUUGUCUGGGAGCCUUUUUAAGGAAUGUUGUUUUACAUAUGUACCAUGAAAUAAACUCAAUAUUAAUCUUUUCUUAAUUUAAUACAGUGUGUGCACAUCUGAAAGUGUAUCUCACCAAAUCGUUUUUCCUCGCUAUGACCACAGUCCAUACAUGGGCAUGUAAAAAUGUAAAGAAAAUUGAAGACACACAGCUUAACUCAAUGUGAGUCAUCCGAUGUCUGUGAG